UUCUGGUGACCAGCCAGCAAAGAAACAGGGAGCUUCAAGGGCCAAAGGGAGGCAGCAGGCAGGUUGUCUCCCUCCUUCCCAACUGCACCACCCUACCCAAGUCCCAUCUCACCUAUCAAUGGGAAGGUCUCCUUGCUGUGAUGAGAAUGGCCUCAAGAAGGGCCCCUGGACCCCUGAAGAAGACGAGAAGCUCAUGGAGUACAUCCAGAAGCACGGCCAUGGGAGCUGGAGAGCACUGCCGAAGCUUGCUGGGCUCAAUAGGUGUGGCAAGAGCUGCAGGCUGAGAUGGACCAACUACCUCAGGCCAGACAUCAAGAGAGGGAAGUUCACCCAAGAAGAAGAACAAACCAUCCUCCGGCUCCACUCCGUCCUUGGCAACAAGUGGUCAGCCAUUGCAAAGCACCUGCCUGGGCGGACCGACAACGAGAUCAAGAAUUUCUGGAACACUCACCUGAAGAAGAAGCUGAUCCAGAUGGGCUUCGACCCGAUGACGCACAGGCCAAGGACCGACUUCUUUGCUGCGCUGCCUCAACUCAUUGCGCUGGCCAACCUCCGCCAGCUUGUGGAGCAGCGUCCAUGGGACGACCACGCCGCAAGGCUGCAGGUUGAGGCAGUCCAGGCUGCAAAGCUCCAGUGCCUGCAGAACCUGAUCCAGUCUGCAGCAUCCAUUGCCACUAAUCCCAGUUCCAGCAGCAUCAACACCAUCCCCGACCUGGAGCAAAUUGGCCUCCUGAGUCCUCCGCAGAUGUCUUCCUUGUCUUCGUUGCCUUCUCCGAGUUUCCUGGAGAGUAUCAGUGGCCAAGACAUAGUAGCUGGACAACUGCCUGACAUACAAAUUCCUAACUCUUUCUCUGAGCAGCCCACCAGCAACGAUGCCAACCAGAACUCGGACUUCACUCCAAAGAGUAGCGUUGAGGGGGAGAAUGAAACCCCUAAAACGCUGCUGCUGUCAGAAAACUCCCUUCCACCGCUCACCGACUUCCCCAUUUCCAACUUCGGCGAUGCUUGCAGCGCCUCAAGCUGUGAUGGUAGCAGCAUUCAAUUCCCGAGUUGGCCUGAGUUGUUUGAUGAACAGUUCUUGAGCGAGUUUGUAUGAAUUCUGGUCUGGUGUGUGUGUCUGUGUUACUCUAUGGUUUGCUUUUUCAGUUUUAGUUUUCUUCCUUUCCUACCGCUAUUUUUGUGCCGUAUUCUGGUGUGAGUCUCAGUUUGAGUGCAAAUGCAUGCUCCUAUGCAUAUAAACUAUACACCGAACACUUGUAAAUAUACAACUUUUAUAUAAAUUUUGCAGGGUUGGAUUCUCCAUGCCCUUUUUUGCAA